AUGGCAUCCAGAAUAAAAAGUAGCAAAAAUAACCAUAAUAACAUAGACAAGCAGUACAAUAUGAGCAUGCUGCUUUAGUUUUAGCAAGAAUAAGUAGAAAAGCGGUACUCUUUAGAGUAUCUUCAUAGACAUAAAUAUUCCUUCAUAGCAAUUAUCUUAUUUAAUACUUUUCAUGUUAUUUAUGGAUUCUUAACGGCCACAUCUCUUACUUAAGUGCUCUAUCCUGUAUUGAGCUGGUUCAUGAUUUUAUCUCUACUUUUUUGUGUAGGAAUCAUGUACAUGCAUAAUUAAUAUUUCAAAAAAAAUUUUAUAUUCCAGAUUUUGAUUCGUUUGAGUUCUUUAUACUUUUAUUGUUCUCAGUACUUAUGUAUAGAUCUUAUCGAAACAGGCAAGAAUGCAACAUAUUUUGCAAGUAGCGCUUUAGGAAUUUCGAUUCAUAUGAUAUUUACAAAUAUGCUUACUAUACCACACUGGAAGGUGCAUUUAAUCUACAAUUUUACUUCUUUUACUUUGGUUUAGGUCAUAGUCAGUUUGUACGACAACGACGCCUCUCUGAGAUUAAAUUUAACAUUCUUCAUAUUAGCUUAGGCAGGGAUGCACGUUUUUGCUGGCUUUUUUGAGAAGUUUAUUCGUGAAUUUUGGAUACACUUAGACGUCUCUAAGAAGUUGUCUAAUUAAUUUUAAUUACUUAUUGAUGAGCUUCCUCAACCAUUGAUGAUUAUUGAUUCUAAUUUGGAUGUACAUCUAUGUAAUUCAGGAGCUUAAUCUUUUUUUUAAACUAUAUUACCAGCUAAUUAACUUGAAGGAAAUUUCAAAAGCGCUAAUAAUAUUUGCAAAUUAAUACAUAGAUUGAAUCCUCCAGAUAUAAAGAUAAUAGAAAAUUUAGUAAAUUAAGUCAAAGAAAAUGAUAAAUUGUGCACUGUUAACUUUUAGAAGAAUCUUGUAGCUUAAGCUGAAUAGGCAGAACAAAAAUUCUUGGAUUUAAUUUUCUUAGGAUCAAGUAUAUAAUGGAAAACUCAAAAGUGUGUUUUGCUCUAAAUUUAACAGGCAGAAAAAUUAAUAGAAAAAGAAAUUGAAAAAAACACAAUUACUAUAGAAAAGGUUUAUGAGAUUGAGAUUCCCUAAAAAGUCUCCAGCAGUAAUAAUAUUUAAAAUGCCGAAAUAGAAGAAAGCAAGAAUUAGGGAUAAGCUACAGGUAAAACUGUGCAAAAUCUCACAGAAUCUGAAGUUACAAGCAUUCAAUUUAUGCCCAUUUAACACAGCAAGCCUGCAAGAAAUUUAACUUUUGUUGAAAAUGUCUACUCCUUAUCUAUUGGAGACGAUGAAAGAGACAAAUCAUAAAAGAAGUCAAAAAACAAAAUGACUAGUCCUGAUUAAUCUCCCAUAAAUUUCGUUUCACCACAAGAUAAAAUAAUUGAUGAAUCAACCCUUUAUUCUACUCAUGAUAACUCUGAAGGUGAAGUCAACAUUAAUGUAGAUGAUGAAAUCACUAAGCACUUCUCAUUCAUUGAAUCAGGAUUAAGCAAUCUGUUGAUGAAUAUAAUCACUAAGAUUUAGAAUAUCAAAGGCAAAAAGAUUAACCUCUCAUUUGGCUCACUAGAAAACUCUCCUAAUACAAGAUAAUAAAGUGUUGGUAGCUCUAACCUCAGCUUUGUUGGAAAUAAAAUUUUCAACACAAUAAGUUCCUCUUUAAGUGGAGGUCCUAUGCAUUUUUACAAAGAACCUAACUCUCCUGAUAAAAGCAAAAAGUAAGAAACUUAAAGAGUAAGAAAGAUAAUUGCCAUGUUAAACGAAUCUGACGGAAUUCAUCUAGCUUAAGGCACAUCAGUUUUAGGUGAAAACUAAAAAGUUAAUGCAACUUCAAUAGGAGGAGAAGAUGAAAUCGUAAUAGAAAGUGAUACUGAAGAUAAUGCUUAAAUAUAAAAAUCUGGAGAAAUUGAAAAUAAAUUAGCUUCUGUCCAGUAAAUUAAAAUUGAAUAUAAAUAUAAUGAUGUAUGCACUAUUAUUUUCUUCGAUGAGUCUCAAAACGGUAGAAUGAAUAUUCCAUAUGCUAAGUAUGAACUUCCAAUUAAAUUCCACACAUUUUCUGAUGGGUAAAAGGCACUUAGCUUUUAUUUGGAGAGUAUGCGCUCUAAUACCUUAUUCCAUUUUGUUGUUCUUGGAAUUGAAGCUUCCAAAGGAAUAUCUGGUUUAGAAGUUAUGAAUCAAAUUAGAAGCUAUGAAAAAGAAAAUUAAGUUCCUCGCACAUUCUUAAUUGCUUCAUUUAACACUGUUGGAGAUGAAGUUGGUGGAUAAACUAAAUCUGCAGAGACAUAUCUUUUCAAGGGAUUUGACAAAGCUUUUGAAAAACCUCUCACUAGAGAUAUCAUAAAUGACCUAAUAAAAGAAAGAUAAAAUCCUUAAGUUACAUAUGCAUUGCCAGAAGAUUACGAUUAGAAGUACAGCUAUUUAGAUAAAUUUACUAUUUUGAUAUGUGAUGAUGUUAUUUAAACUUCUAUGAUGGUGAAAGAUUUUGUUUCAUAGAACAAUGUAGAAGUUGAAAUUGCUAAGAGUGAAAAAUCCUUUAUUAACUCCUACCUUCAGUAAAUUGAAUCAGGAAAGCUUUACCAAAUAGUCAUGAUAGCAAUAAAUUCUAAUCAAAUGUCUGGAAUUGAGAUCGUUAAAAAGAUUAGAGAGUAUGAAGCAGAAAAGAAGGCUAAGAAAACAUAUAUUGUAGGAAUGUUUAAGUAGUUAAAUGAGACUAUAGCAAAUGGUUAAAAAUAAAACAGUCCUGAAAAAUAUAAAGAUGAUGGUUUUGAUGAGGUGAUUAUCAAGCCUUUGGAGCGUAACCAAGUUAUUUAGCUAGUAGAAAGAAUCAAAAAAGAAAUUGUCGAAAACGGAGAUGAUAUUUCAGUUAAGGGUUCUGUUAAUUCUUCUAUGAUGAAAUCACCUCCACUAAAAUAAAGGCCAUCUUCUUCUCAAAUAAGCAUUGAAAAGAUUCCAUCGAUUUCUUAAAUUGUUUAAUCUGAUAAAAUGAAGAAGAGAUAACUGACUUUAGAAGAACUUGAAGAAUUAGAGCUAAAUGGACCUAGUAUUCUUACAAAAGCGAAACAAGCUGGUAUUAAAAUAGGAGGAGACUCAUCUUAAACUGAAUUAGGAUCUCAGUAAAAUGUUGCAUAAUAGUAACCACCUGUCUAGUAACAAAAUGAAAAGCAGAAAGUUCCAAACAUAGACAAUUAAUUUUUGAAAAGUUAACUAAACCCUUAGUAAAAGUAAUUCUUUAAUAAGUAGCCUGCAUUCAAUAAAUAGCAAGAAUAGAAUAUGGAUGAUCUUGAACUAAAAUAGGCAUUCAAAGUGUUUAACAAAGUUAAAUAGUAAGGGAUUUAAAUCGAAACUGAUAAAUCAGAAAAUAACACGCCUGCAUUUAAGGAUUAAUAAAAACCUGCUUAAAACAGCUUUAAUCAAGAUAAAUCAAAAUUACUGGAAGAUUAAGAGCUGAAAGCUUUAAACAAUAUGUUCAGUAAAGUUCAUUAGAAAGGUAUUAAAAUUGAAGGUGAAAAACCUUAAUAAUCGGUUAGCUUCAGUAAUGCUUAACCUUAGCAGACAAGUCUCUCUAAGAUUCCAGAAAUCGAUGAAUUUGAUAUCUUCAAGAAAAUCAAAGAUAAGGGCAUUAAGUUUGGUGGAGACUCUUAAAGUUCCGAAACAAGUCAAACACAAAGCUAAGACAAUAAAAACGAAUUAUAAAGUUUAAAAACAAAUCUUUAAGGUACUGAAAGAUAAAGCAAUAAAAGUUCACCAGGUUAGUCUGUUUCUAAUAACUCCUCUAAAAUUAAUAAGUUUGAAAUGAGUGAGAAAUUUGCUAAAUUUGAUCAGAUCAGAUAAAAAAGUCAGUAAAAGGAAGACAAUUCUGCCUAAGUAAAGCAGACAAAUCCACAAUCUAGUAACUAAGUUCCUUAAUAACGUCAGAGUAUCAGCAACAAUUCAAGCCUUAUUUCAGAAGUGUAAAAAGCAGUAGUGAAUAAGAGUGAAGUGGUUAAAACUUCUUUAUAAAAAAGCUAAAGCCAACUAAAAACAUCACCCAUUUAAAGCUUUAAAGGACAACCAAACCAAUAAGUUUAAAUUAACUAAGUGAUGAAAUAGCCUGACAUGCCUGAAUAUAAAUACAAUGAAAAACCUACUUUCAUAGUAAUGGAAGAUUCAUUUUUUAGUUUAAUGAGCAUUUCAUAAAUGAAGAGCGACAUUCCAAAAGUUGUAGAAUCAACCACUACAGGAGAAGCAACUAUAGAAAAAUACAUGAAUAGCAUUAAAAAAAACAUUUUAUAUAACUUCAUGAUUAUAGGAAUGAAUACAAAUAAAGGUUUAAAUGGUUACGAAGUAUUGAAGACAAUACGUGAAUAUGAAAAAGAAAAUAAUGUUCCAAGAACUUAUUUGAUAGCAUCCUUUAAUGCUGUUGGUUCUUAAAUUGGAGGAAUGACUAAUACUAAAGAGACUUUCACAUUCAAAGGUUUUGAUGAUGCAAUAGAAAAGCCCAUUAAAGCAACUGAUAUGAAUUCCAUACUAUAAUCUAGAGCAAAUCCAUAAAUAAUAUAUUAACCCAAAGAAGUAAAAGUCAUAUAUAGAUUCUAUGACACUUUUACUAUUCUCGUAUGCGAUGAUCAAGAGAAUAUAUCAGUUUCUUUAACUACCUCUUCACUCAAUAAAACCUAUAAUGAGUAUUUUGAUUACUGUUGGAAUGGAUAAUCGUUAUUCGAUAAAUACAUGAGUUCAAUAGAAAGUGGCAGAAUUUACUAAGUAAUUCUAACUCAAAUAAAACCAUUAAUAGUCAUAAAAAAGAAUUAACCUGUUAAGCCAGAUCCUUCGAAGAAAGCUUAACCUGCUAAAGAAGAAGACGAUAAGGAUUAAGCUAUUUAAGAAGAUGCCAUAUAAAAAAUUAGAACAUACGAAAAAGAAAAUAAAAUACCUCAAACCUACAUAAUUGGUUUUAUGAGAAUCAACUCAAAGAAUUAAUCAACAGUUCAAGAAUUGAAAGCCUAAGGAUACAAUGACGUAAUAGACCUUCAAAUAGGAGAAGAAGAUUUAUACAAAUUAAUAACAAAAUUAAAGUUAACUCUUAAAUUACAAGCAUGA